AUGCCCCAAAGACCCGACACCUUUUGGGAAGCAAAAGAUGUCUCGGCGGCGAAGGGCCCAUUGAUUCUCUCAAAAUUGUUGGAGAGAUGGCGGGAUAGUUGGUUACAAAUGCAGGCCGAAGUGGAUUCUGGCUCAUUCAUCGAUGCGAACCCAAAGGCAGAAGCUGAGCCAUUUGACGGAUCAGGAAGACCGCCAGUUUUUGGUCAGAGAGUACACAUUCAGAGAUGGCAGAGCUACGCUCCCAUCCAGGAAACGAUAUUUCGAAGACAUGAAACGGGGCUCUUGGUGGCCAGUUCGGAGUAUUCUACGGGUCCCCAUGAGUGGUACCAUGCCGGCCAAUAUUAUCAGGAGGAUACGAGUAUUUCAUUGGAAAUGUUACCAAAGGCGCCCCACGAAUUCCAUCGUAAAGCUCGGAAGGGGAGAUUGACAAGGACUAAGGAAUGGCUAACAAACCAUCGAAAUUCAUCUCGCCUAUCGUUCACCUCGCCGAUCUCGUCUCGGUCAUCAAGGACAUCGCCCUCCCCCCCCUUCUCAAGCCCUCCCGGCUCUCCUUUACCAUGUCGUGAUUCUUAUUGUUCCGAGCUGCCUGAUUCCACACGUUGCGAACUUGCCGACACCAGCAUCGUUAUAGAAAACCCAACGUCAUUGUGUCAAGCCAGCCUUUCUGCGGGCUCUGUCCCUCCCCAGUACUCAGAUUCCGGGGAGGUGAAAUCCAAUCAGAAUGGAUUUGAAUGUGCGGUGCAAGACAUCUGCCCAAGUUCGGAGACUGAAUGUCAAAUAUAUCAAUCCUCCCCUGUAUCCAAUGUGGAUAGUUGUACAUCCCCAUCCCUAAACAGGGCAACUAAUCUUGACAACGGGGAUUUAAUUAAUCAACUAAAUCCCCAUCCGCUGAAAGAUUCGUUGCCGUUGGUGGUAAAUUGUUUUACGUGGGAGAUCAAUGCGAUGCGUGACACCGAAACCCUACCUUCCUAUGACCCUCAGAAGGAUGAUUCCACGGAAACUCAACUUCGCGAGAAGGGCCGAAUAUAUGACUCGGUAUAUCUGGAAAAGAGUAACCAUGAGAGUCCUCAGGGGAUCUCAAACCAUGCCAACGGACAAAACGGAGGGUCAAAUUAUGGGAGCGGUAUAAAAAGUAAUUCGUCCUACCCUUCAUCGACUUCUAUCUCUGGGAAUGGAGGAGAUAGGCACGGGAGGGCAGGAUACGGUAACUGCGAUGACAGCGAAAAUAACUCCCAGGACGAAGACGAUGACGGCGACAACAACCGUAAAAGGAAACGAUUCCGGCAUCUAAGCCCUGGAUCCGGUCAACGACAAUUCGCAUGUGUCUAUCAUAAGUAUGACCCAGAGACGUAUCAUGGAGACCAUGAUCGAAAAUAUUUGACGUGUUCCGGGACCAGCUUCAAAUUCUUUUCACUGCUCACGAGACAUCUUUCUCGGACUCAUGAUGAGCACGUUUGUAGCAGUUGUUUUAGAACCUUUGAGAGUGAAAACCUCCAAGCCAGUCACACUGCAAAUUGUUUUGUCAAGCUUCAGUGCUCCCAGGAAGAUAAAUGGGCCGCCUUGUGGCGAAAGAGGUUCCCAGGGGUGGAUAUGCCGGAAUCUCCAUAUUGGGAACCAACAUUUCGAUCGAUGUUACCCCGGUUGAAUACUCACGCGGAUGGAUUUUUUCAACAGGAUUGGGAUGCUUCAGGAUCAGCAAAUACAUGCGACCCGUCCCCAUCCAAUUGGAGAUCUUCGAAACUCCAACCUCACUGUGUUGGUGGUGAUUCUCAACCGGACCCCAACGCAGCAUCGCCAAUGGCAGCGAUUGCAAUGCUACAAUCGACCGUGGAAAGACAGCGGAUUCAGCUGGAAGCCUUUGCAAAGCAAGUAUCAUUUCUGACACAAUUACAACUUGGGUGCUUCACCGCCGAAGAUGCCUCCAAUAAACCCCCAGCUUAUCCACUGGUAUCGCCCGCCGGCUCCUCCAGUAUUUCACCGAAUGGCAAUAUCUCUGAGAAUUUAUUCGUCUACAGCAAUUUCGAGCACCCAGGCGAAACUGCAAUUCCUGAUAUCCGCUUGGGCCAGCCUACUCCCUCUAGUACUCCAACCGAAGAAGCAACUGGGUACAAUAGUAUUGCAUCCUACGAUGACGACUUAUUCAUUCAUCCAACAUGA